CCAAAACCCACUUUCCUCCUCCAAAUUAGCUCAAACAAAUUAAACCAUGGCUGGUCACGGCAAUGAAGGCUGUUUGUUCUCCAUGGGGUUAGGCCUCCGAGAAGUUUAUCCGGAGUUCCUCAUCUCCUUGCUCUGUCUUGCCCUCUUCUACUGUUACUACCGCUUCUUUUUCGGAACUCCGACCACCGUGGUCCCGGUGAACUGGCCGCUCGCCGGGAUGUUUCCCGGUCUCCUCGCCAACUUCCACAGAUUGCACGAUUGGGGUAACGAGCUCCUCAGGGAGACAGGGUGCACCUUCUCCUUCCGAGGUCCCUGGUUCCUCGACCUCAACUACAUCGUCACCUGCGACCCUGCCAACCUGCAGCACAUCUUCAACGUCAAUUUCCAAAACUAUCCCAAGGGCGACGAAUUCGCUAACAUCUUCGACAUCCUCGGCGACGGCAUCUUUAUCUCCGACGGGGAACGAUGGAGGCGGCAACGCGCAAAGGCACACGCUCUCGUCGGCCAGAGGAGCUUCCGGUCAUUCGUAGCCGCGGCCAGCCGCGACAAGGUCGAGAAGGGGCUGCUCCCGCUCCUCGACGAGGUCGCGCGACGAGGGUCGGCGGUGGACUUGCAGGACGUGUUCCUCCGACUGACCUUCGACAUGACCGCCUACCUGGUCUUCGGCGUCGACCCCUGCUGCCUCUCCAUAGACUUCCCGACGGUCCCAUUCGCGCGGGCCAUGGACGACGCCAUGGAGGCCGUGCUGCUCCGCUACACCGUGCCGCCGGCGUGGUGGAAGUGGAAGAGACGGCACCGCGUCGGGGAGUCGGAGAGGAAGAUGGCGGCGGCGUGGAGGGAAAUAGAUCGUUUCAUAGCGGAAUGCGUGGCGGAGAAGAGGAAGAACUCCGACCGAACCCAAACGAGCACCGAUCUACUGUCGUCUUACAUGAACGACGUCGACGACGACCAACAAGGAGCAGAAAUCGACCACAAGUUCCUCCGCGACACGGCCGUCAACUACAUGCUCGCCGGAAGGGACACCACCGGUGCAGCUCUCUCAUGGUUCUUUUGGUCGCUAUCCAAGAAUCCCACAGCGGAAGACAAAAUACUGGAGGAAUUGAAGACCAUAUUAAAAGAACGACCGAGCUCGGGCCGGCCGGCGGUGUUCGAGGCAGAGGAGCUGGGGAAGAUGGUGUACCUCCACGCCGCGCUGUUGGAGGCGCUGAGGUUGUUCCCGCCGGUUCCCAUCGAGCAAAAGGAGGCGGUCGGGCCCGAUGUGCUGCCGAGCGGGCAAAAGGUGGAGCGGGGCGCCAAGAUCUUGGUGUCGCUCCUGGCGAUCGGACGGAUGGACGGGGUGUGGGGGGAGGACUGCGGCGAGUUCCGGCCGGAGCGGUGGAUCUCGGAGAAGGGGCGGCUGAGGCACGAGCCUUCGUACAAGUUCAUGUCCUUCAAUUCGGGGCCGCGGACGUGCCUGGGGAAGGAGGUGGCCUUCACGCAGAUGAAGGCGGCGGCGGCGGCGGUGGUGUACAGGUUCCGGCUGGAGGCGGUGGAAGGGCAUCCAGUGGAGCCCAAGCUGUCGAUAAUCCUUCACAUGAAGAACGGAUUCAAGGUCAGGAUCAAGAGGAGAUGCGCGUCGCCAUGAAAAGGACUGUGUCAUCAGCAGUGUGGCAAUGUAUGUCAAUGGACUUUCAUUUCAUGCAUCUCCGUUUCCAGUCUAGUUAAUAAUUAAAUAAGUGGAUUAAGGAACAUAAUCUCUUGUCUGCUUAAUAUUUAAUGUUCAUGAGCUGAAGAAUAACAGUCACUUAGCUUGUUCUAA